CUGUGAAAGAGAAACUGAAAGGAACCAAAGAGUUGCAUGGUUUUAACCGUCUUUUAUGCUGCUGAAAGUCGAGUAAAGUCUUGAUACAACAGACAUGGCCUCUCCUGCAAGUCUAAUAGCUGAGGAGAAUUUUCAUUGUUCCAUCUGUCUGAGUGUGUUCACUAAACCGGUGUCAACUCCCUGUGGGCACAAUUUCUGUUUUGAUUGUAUCAAAGCCUACUGGGACACCACAGAUACAUUAAUAUCAUGUCCGUUGUGCAAAGAGGAGUUUAACAUCAGACCAAAGCUUCGGGUUAAUACUUUCAUAGCCGAAAUGGCAGCAAAGUUCGAGAAAUCAGUUCAGAAAAAUUCUACUAAUAUCACAGAAGAAUCAGGAAAUGGAAAUGUGCUCUGCAACAUUUGCACCGGGGCGAGGCUCCCAGCCCUGCAGUCCUGCUUAGUGUGUAUGAUGUCCUAUUGUCAAACACAUCUCAAGCCUCAUCAGAAAAUUGUGGCCUUAAAAAAACACAAGCUUAUUCACCCGAUUGAAAACCUGGAGAGCAGGAUCUGCAAAGAUCACGGUGAACCUUUAGAUUUGUUUUGCAGCGUGGAUAAAAUGUUUCUCUGUAAUUCCUGCAAAGACAGGGACCAUGAACAGCAUAAGAUAGUGACUGUGGAGGAGGAGGCUCUAAUGAGGAAAGACCAGCUGGAAUCAGAAAAAAAAGAUGCGCGUAAGAUGAUCCAUGAACGUCAGCAAAAAAUUUGUGACACUGUACUUUUACUGGAGGCUAACAAAAAUAAUGCAGCGAAGGCACUGUCAUGCAGCAAACAUGUCAUGACUGCUAUGGUGGAGUACAUUAAAAGAGGCCAAGCUGAGCUAGCUGAUGUAAUUGAGACAAAGCAGAAAAAAAAGCAAGCAGAGGCAGACGGCUUAAUUAAUGAACUGGAGGGUGAAAUUAUGCAAAUAACCCAGAAAAGCCAGCAGCUUGACAACAUUUCAGUCACAGACGACCCCUUCAGAUUCCUUGAAAGUUACCUUUCACUUACCAUCGUUCCACCUCAAGUAAAGGACUGGUCUGAUGUGACUCUUAGCUGUGACCAGUUUAAAAUGCAGGAAGCUAUGGCCUCGCUGGAGGAAACAGUCACAAGAGAAAUAAGAAUGUUCUGUGAUCCCAACUUUAAAGAACUCAGGCGGCACGCUGUGGAACUGACACUGGAUCCUGACACAGCAAACUCUUAUCUCUAUAUUUCUGAAGAUGGGAAGCAAGUCACAUGUGGAACCCAAAGGAGGCGUGUCCCAAACAAACCAGAGAGGUUUGAUUGUGUUUACAAUGUCUUGGCAAGAGAAGGUUUCACCUCAGGAAGAUUUUACUAUGAGGUUCAGGUAAAAGACAAAACAGAGUGGGUCUUGGGAGUUGCAAAGCAAUCCAUCAACAGGAGGGGGGAUAUAAGACUGAGCCCAAAGAAUGGAUACUGGACAAUUUGGCUGAGAAAUGGAAAUGAGUUCACAGCCAAUACAGACCCUUCUGUAAAUCUUCAUGUGACGGAGGUACCUGAAAAGAUCGGGGUGUUUGUUGAUUAUGAGGAUGGUCAGGUUUCCUUUUAUGAUGUGGACAAGAGGGCUAGCAUCUUCUCCUUUACUGGAUGUAACUUCACAGAGAAGAUCUUUCCCUUCUUCAGACCGUGUGCUACUAAUGGGGGUAAAAACUCAGCCCCGCUGAUCAUCACUCCUGUCAGAUACAGCAAGUGAGGUUUGAAGGGGUUGACAUGGUGAGUUGGACUUGGCGAGUGAUUCCAACACUCCCCCCCCCCCCUCUAAAACUGCAGCCUGUCAUUUUGUUUCUUUCCUCCAUCAUUGUCAGCACUGUGUGUCAUAAUGUGUCACCUGGAAGACAGACAACUUCAUGUCUAUGCAGUCCCUAAGACAUUCACUACCCACUGCCCUCUGUGCAAUAGUGAUACUCUAAAGCAUUACAUGUUUCAGGGUUAAAUAAAUGGUCUUUAUGAGCCAAAGUGGCUGUAGCAGUGUCAGGGGUACUGUAAAGUACCCCUGACACUUUUUUCAGGCAUGUUACAUCUGUUGCAUCUGAAUUUUGGGGUCAUGACUUGACAAUAGCACACAAAAUGCAUUGAAAUAAAAUGACAGUCAGUUUCUCUCACAUGAUGCUAGAUAAUUAAUUUCUCCAUCGAUUAAUGUUAGUGAAUUAAAGUGUAAGCUUUCAGCAAAACACACAAGAAAGUGCAGUUCUGCAAAAGCUGCUUAGUGAGAGUUUAAAAUGUAAUGUAAUGCAAUGUUAAAUUAGUCAUUUUUCUCUUGUCGCUUUAAAAACUUGUUUGUUUUUUAAUCAUAGUUCAUGAAUGUGUAUUUUCUAUAUUACGCUGCUAUAAUUUCUAUAAUCUGGCCACUAAAGAGGUUUACUGUAGGAGAGAGUCAGUCCAAUUCACCUACCGGAUGGACUGUUUCAUUGCUUGUUAAUGUUGUAUUUUAACUUUAUGUCUAUGUAUUUCUUGAAGCACCAACUUGAUACACAUUUAAUAAUUGAUGCCAAAACAUUAUAUAAAAUAUUUGAUGAUCAACA